UGCCAGCAUUCCCAACCACAUAUUUCUAUCUUCAAUAGAUACCACAGAUUCUACGUCUCAGAAAAAGAACCAAAUCCUGAAUCUUUAAGUGAAAACACCAUAACAAUGGUGUCCAAAUGUUUCAAUCUCCAUCUCCAUCUCACCACUGCAAAACCCAAAAGCUCAAGGCUACCUCAUUUUCCAAGUAACCCUUUAACCCCAACUGUCACAACUACUAAAUUAAACUUUCCAUAUGGUCAAAACCAGUUUCUCCCCAAGAAAAGAUUCACCCUUUUGAACACGCAUCAUAUGGGAUCAAGUCAGUAUUAUAAAAGUUCAGAAUUUGAUGAAUUUGAACCUGAUCCAACACUUACUAAUGAUGACCUUAAGCCAACAACACCAAGUCAGAGGACUUUUUCAGGAUGGGAAAUGGCUAGUUUGUGGAUUGGUCUUGUUGUUGGUGUACCAUCAUAUUACUUAGCAGGUAGUCUUGUUGAUCUUGGUAUGGCUUGGUGGCAGGGUAUAGCUACUGUCGUUACUGCUAAUAUUAUCCUAUUAGUUCCACUAGUUUUGACAGGGCAUCCUGGCACUCGUUAUGGCAUAUCUUUUCCGGUCUUGGCUAGAUCAUCUUUUGGAAUUCAUGGUGCUCAUAUUCCUACAAUUCUUAGAGCGUUAGUUGGUUGUGGAUGGUAUGGAAUUGAGACUUGGAUUGGUGGGGAGGCAAUUUUCGUUCUUUUGCCUAAAGUCAUCAAAGAGUCUUCAUGGUCUCAAUUAUUGCCUUGGCUUGGUACUUCUCCACUUGAAUUUGCUUGUUUUAUUGUGUUCUGGGUAGCUCAGUUUGCUGUUGUUUGGAAAGGAAUGGAAGGAAUUAGAGAGCUAGAGAAAUACUCAGCUCCAAUUCUAAUCUCACUUACUUCUUGUUUACUAAUUUGGGCCUAUGUUAAAGCUAGUGGUUUUGGUCAUAUGCUUUCUUUGUCUUCUAGACUAUCUUCUUCUCAAUUUUGGGCUCUUUUCUUUCCUUCACUAACAGCAAAUAUAAGUUUCUGGUUUACUCUUGCAUUAAACAUACCUGAUUUUACAAGAUAUGCAAAGAGCCAAAAAGACCAAAUUAUUGGUCAAGCUGGUCUUCCAAUUUUUAUGGGUGCAUUUACUUUUGUUGGUCUAGCAGUAACCUCAUCUACAAAAGUGAUUUUUGGGAGAGUAAUAUCUAGUCCAAUUCAGCUUCUUGAUCAAAUUGGAGGCUUCACUACAAUGAUUCUAGCAAUUAUUGGGAUUAGCCUAGCUACUAUAACAACUAACAUUGCUGCAAAUGUUGUAGCACCUGCUAAUGCACUUGUCAAUCUUAGCCCAUCAAAGUUUACAUUUAGAAGAGGUGCUCUUUUAACUGCAUUGCUUGGUAUUGCAUUUCAGCCUUGGAGAUUACUUCAAUCAAGUGAAAGUUUUGUCUAUACUUGGUUAGUUGGCUACUCUGCACUGUUGGGUCCAAUUGGUGGUAUAUUACUAGCAGAUUACUAUCUUAUUAAGAGGACAAAUUUAAGUGUCAAGGACUUGUACACUUUGAGUCCAUAUGGAGCAUACUAUUAUUCAGGAGGUUACAAUUGGGUUGCAGUGAUUGCUCUUGUUAUUGGGAUUUUGCCUGUGAUUCCAGGUUUCCUGGAAAAGGUUGGAAUUUUGUCUGCAGUUCCAAAUAUCUUUGUUGUUAUAUACAAUAAUGCUUGGUUUUUCAGCUUCUUCUUUGCAGGUUUUCUUUAUUGGAUUCUGUCACUUACAAAAGGAAAACAUAAGAAAUUACUACCUAUAGAACCUCUUUUGCCUGGUGCAACCUGAUAUAAUUUCUUCUGUUUUUCUUUUUCUUUUUUUUAGUACAGGAAAAUUGCAUAGUGUAUUGGAUACUUGAGUAUGUUUCUGGCAUCCUGUAUAAGCUUCCAGCAAAAACUUUGGUUCAUGUAUACAGCUUGAAUAUUAAAGAAGUUCAUACCCCGAAAUUCUAUUCUUUUUCAAUAAUACUUGUGUUCUAACAAA